AUGAAGAAACCCGAAAUCACCGAAACCAAAACCACAACAAACUCCAAAGACGAACACUGGAAAACCCAAGCCCCCUACAUCGCCCCAGGGAAAUCACACCCCCACGGCGAAGCCUUCCACAAGAAAAUCCGUGGCGCCUGCCAAUGCGGCCAAGUAACCUACUGGCUUUCAAAAGAUGAGCCCCUAGCAUCAAAGUUCUGCCACUGCAGAGAUUGCCAAAAGAUGCACGGCGCGCCCUUCCAGUGGGCCGCCAUUUUCCAUAAAGAAGACCUGGCGUUCGAUAACGGGGUUGAUGGGUUGACGUUCUACUCGUCGGGGAAGAAUUUGCAGGGCCACGAUUUGCCGUGUAAAGUGAGCUGCGGGUUCUGCGGGAGUCGAAUCAUGGAUGAGGGCAGGAACAUGGUAUUGUUGUUCCCUGGGCUGUUGCAUUUUGAUGGGGAAGAGAAGAGGAAGAAGUUUGAUGUUCAGAAGCACAUCUUUUACGGGCAGAGGGUCGUUGAUCUUCCCGAUGGAAAGCCCAAGUGGAGCGGCCUAGAUGAGAAGAGCGAGCUAAUGGAGGAAGAGGUUGUAGAUGUGAAGCACAAGAAGCGGAAGACGGAGCAUACCAAUGGCGACUAA